AUGACCAACGAAAACGAUGAUCUCACCAUCACAAGUUGUGAUCGGUGCCCGCGAAUGGUCGCAUUUGGUAACAUUCUGCUUGAUAUCAGUGUAGAGCUGAAAGAUGGGAAAAUUCUGAAUGAUUUCGAUCUGAAACCCGAUGAUCAAAGGGAAGUUGCUGCAGACAAACUUGCUGCCCUUGUCUCCGUUGCCGUAGAAACUUGCGGUAAUCCAAUCUACAACCCUGGUGGCUCAGCACUUAACACAUGCCGUAUACUGCGCGCCCUUGGCGAAAAAAACGUUAUCUUCUGCGGGGCGGUUGGUGCAGAUGAGAAUGGCCAAAUAUUACAACAAAUUUUGAAGGAUUGCGCACUCAAUACCUGUAUACAAACGUUACCGGAUGAAAUUACUGGAACAUGCAUGUGCCUCAUUAGUGGCGACAAGCGGAGUCUGAACGCGAACAUUGGUGCUUCGUUACAUUUUAAGAAGGAAUUUGUAAGUUCGCGCUGGUGCCAGUCAAAGAUCGGUGUUUGCAAAUCAGCCGCUCACACAAAUAUUGACGAAGAUAUGCGAAUUUUCUACAUCGAGGGAUAUUUUGUGCCGGAAAAGUUCCACAUCUGCACGUACAUCUACGAACAAUACUGCAAGGGUACGGCAAACCUGCUUGUAACCAACUUGAAUGCAUCCUACAUACUGCAAGAAUUUACUGCCGAGAUGCGUUUUCUCGUCGAGCAUGCCGAUCUGGUGUUUGGAAAUUUGGCAGAAUUUAUUGCACUGGCCCAGAUUUAUCACUGUGACGACGUGGACGCAUUGGCUCGGUUGCUGAUAAAGCCCUACCGGAAAUACAACCGUAACAAGAUUCUCAUCGCAACCGAUGGUUGCCGAAGCGUUCGAUUGUACUAUGGCGCGGGGUCGAAAUUUAUAGCAGAAAGCUACCCAGUGCCGGUAAUACCAGCGAACGUCGUUAUCGACACAACCGGAGCCGGAGAUUCAUUUGUGGCAGGAUUUCUAUACAAAUUCAUGAACGAUGAAAGCCCUACGUUAGUGGACUGCAUUCGGUAUGGGUGUAAAGUGGCUGGGAAAGUGAUACGGCAAGUGGGAUGUAAUUUACCCUCCAGCGUUCCAUCAUCGCCAUCGAUUGCCCCGUCUACAAAAGAGGGGAUGAUUCCUUGA